UCCACUCAGGGGCUGGGAGCUAGAGUGGCCGCAUGCGUGGAGGCGUGCGCCGCGCUCUAUCGGAAAUCCCCUAGGGUAGAGGCGGAAACGGAAACCUACCGAGGGCAGAGGAGGGCUGUUGCCGCGUGUGGAGGUUGCGUUUACCUGGCCUCAUGGCGGUCCGUGCGUCGUUCGAGAACAACUGCGAGAUCGGCUGCUUUGCCAAACUUACCAACUCCUACUGCCUGGUGGCCAUCGGAGGGUCGGAGAACUUCUACAGUGUGUUCGAGGGCGAGCUUGCUGGUACCAUCCCAGUAGUGCACGCGUCCAUCGCCGGCUGCCGCAUCAUCGGGCGCAUGUGUGUGGGGAACAGGCAUGGUCUCCUGGUGCCCAACAACACCACUGACCAGGAGCUACAGCACAUUCGCAACUGCCUCCCAGACAGCGUGCAGAUCCGGCGGGUGGAGGAACGGCUCUCAGCCCUGGGCAAUGUCACCACCUGCAACGACUACGUGGCCUUAGUCCACCCAGACCUGGACAGGGAAACAGAAGAAAUCCUGGCUGAUGUGCUAAAGGUAGAAGUCUUCAGACAGACAGUGGCUGACCAGGUGCUGGUAGGAAGCUACUGUGUCUUCAGCAACCAGGGAGGGCUGGUACAUCCCAAGACUUCAAUUGAAGACCAGGAUGAGCUGUCUUCUCUCCUUCAGGUCCCCCUUGUGGCGGGCACUGUGAACCGAGGCAGCGAGGUCAUCGCUGCUGGGAUGGUGGUGAAUGACUGGUGUGCCUUCUGUGGCCUGGACACAACCAGCACAGAGCUGUCAGUCGUGGAGAGUGUCUUCAAGCUGAACGAAGCCCAGCCUAGCACCAUUGCUACCAGCAUGCGGGAUUCCCUCAUUGACAGCCUCACCUGAGUCACCUUCCAUACUGGUCCUGGCUUGGACUUUGGCUCCCUCUCAGUGUUCCACCCAGUCUGUCCUGAAUGCUGGCAGGGUGGUGGCAGAGAACUCACCUGGACUCGUGGCUGUAUGCCCAGCCUUUCUUCAUCUGUGCCCAUCUCCUGAAUCUAUAGUUACUGCAAAAUUCUGCCACAUCAUGCCGGCUGGCAGGUCCUAUGGCUUCUGGCUGACAGCUUUGUUGUCUGUGCCACCCCAUUAAAAGGGCAGCUUCCUCUGGCCA